AUGGGUGUUCAAAGAGAACCAGGACAAAAGGGUGUUAACUGGUCUAACAUCGCCGUCGGUGGUAUCAUGAACAUGUUCGAGGUCACGACCCUUGGUCAACCACUCGAGGUGUUGAAGACACAGAUGGCCGCGAACAGGUCUCAGACCAUGCUCCAAGCCUUAAAAUCUGUAUGGGCACGUGGAGGUGUUAGUGGAUUCUAUCAAG